AUGCCAAUAUUGUAUCAUCUAACUUUACAAAAGCCUACAGCAAUUACCAGAACAGUAUAUGGAAAUUUCUCGGGACCAAAAGCACAUGAGAUAGUAGUUGCAAAAGGUCAAGUAUUAGAAUUAUUAAGAGCUGAUAAACAAGGUAAAUUAAAUGUUAUAGUUUCUAAGGAUGUAUUUGGUAUAAUCCGAAGUUUAGAAAUCUUUCGAUUAUUGGGAAGUAAUAAAGAUUAUAUAGCAAUUGGUAGUGAUUCAGGAAGAUUAGUAAUAUUAAAAUAUGAUGAUGAAAAAAAUGAUUUUAUUAGAGUACAUUGUGAAACUUAUGGUAAAAGUGGAAUAAGACGAAUUAUACCAGGUGAAUAUAUUGCUAUAGAUCCUAAAGGAAGAGCCUUAAUGUUAUGUGCUAUUGAAAAACAAAAAUUUGUAUAUAUAUUAAAUAGAGAUAAUAAAGAAAAUUUGACUAUUAGUAGUCCUUUAGAAGCACAUAAAUCUCAUUCUAUAUGUCAUGCUGUAGUUGCAUUAAAUGUUGGGUUCGAGAAUCCAAUGUUUGUUUCGAUAGAACAAAAUUAUGAAAAUUUAGAUAAACAAGUUCUUAAUGCAAAUGAACAAAUAAUGGAAUAUCCAAAAAAAGGGUUAUGUUUUUGGGAAAUGGAUCUUGGAUUAAAUCAUGUAAUUAAAAAACAUACAAUACCUAUUGAUAUUACUGCACAUUUAUUAAUACCCUUACCAGGAGGUCAACAAGGACCUAGUGGAUUAAUUGUUUGUUGUGAAAAUUAUUUAGUAUAUAAAAAAAUCGAUCAUGAUGAUAUAUUUUGUUCAUAUCCAAGACGAUUAGAAGUUGGAGAAGAAAAAAAUAUAUCCAUUGUUUGUUGGACAAUCCAUAGAAUCAAAACAUUUUUUUUUAUCUUAAUACAAUCUGAAUAUGGUGAUCUAUAUAAAAUAGAAGUUAAUCAUGAAGAUGGUAUAGUAAAAGAAAUAAUUUGUAAAUAUUUUGAUACAGUUCCAAUAGCUAAUUCUAUAUGUGUAUUAAAAUCAGGAGCAUUAUUUGUAGCAGCAGAAUUUGGGAAUCAUUUUUUUUAUCAAUUUUCUGGUAUUGGUAAUGAUUCUAAUGAUGCUAUGUGUACAUCUAACCAUCCAUCAGGAAAAAAUGCAAUUAUCGCAUUUAAAACACAAAAAUUAAAAAAUUUAUAUUUAGUAGAUCAAAUAUAUUCUUUAUCCCCAAUAGUAGAUAUGAAAAUAUUAGAUGCAAAAAAUUCAAAUCUUCCACAAAUAUAUGCUUUAUGUGGUAGAGGCCCAAGAUCAUCAUUACGAAUAUUACAGCAUGGAUUAAGUAUUGAAGAGUUAGCAAAUAAUGAACUUCCAGGAAAACCUAGAUAUAUAUGGACAGUUAAAAAAGAUAAUUCAAGUGAAUAUGAUGGAUAUAUUAUAGUAAGUUUUGAAGGAAAUACACUUAUAUUAGAAAUUGGAGAAACAGUAGAAGAAGUAUAUGAUAGUCUUCUUUUAACGAAUGUAACUACAAUACAUAUUAAUUUAUUAUAUGAUAAUUCUUUUAUUCAAGUAUAUGAUACAGGAAUACGACAUAUCAAUGGAAAAAUUGUACAAGAAUGGAUACCACCAAAAAAUAAACAAAUUAAUGCAGCCACUUCAAACGGUUCACAAAUUGUAGUAUCUCUUAGUGGUGGUGAAUUAAUUUAUUUCGAAAUCGAUGAAUCACAUACUUUAACUGAAAUAUUUAGAAAAAACAUUAACGUUGAAAUUUUAUGUUUAUCUAUACAACAAAUACAACAAAAUAAAUUAAGAGCUAGCUUUUUAGCAGUUGGCUGUCUUGAUAAUGUAGUACGUUUAUUAUCAAUAGAAAAAGAUCAAUAUUUUAAACAAUUAUCUACAUACAUAUUACCAAAUAAUUCAUCACCUCAAGAUAUAUGUAUAUCUGAAAUGAAAGAAUUGGGAAAUCAGAAAGAACACACUAUUUUAUAUUUAAAUAUAGGACUAAAUACAGGUGUACUUUUACGAAGUGUAAUAGAUCCUAUAUGUGGAACAUUAAGUAAUCAUUAUUCUAAAUAUUUAGGUGCGAAAUCUGUUAAAAUUUGUCAUGUACAAGUUAAUAAAAAUCCAGCACUUUUAGUAUUAUCCGAAAAAACAUAUCUAUGUUAUGUAUAUCAAGGGAAAUAUAUUUAUUCCCCAUUAAAUUAUGAUGUAUUAGAAUAUGCAUCAUCUUUUUAUUCUGAACAAUGUUCAGAUGGAUAUGUAGCUAUAUCUGGAAACAGUUUAAGAAUUUUCCGAUUUUAUAGACUUGGUGAAGUUUUUAGUCAAAAUAUUUUACAUUUAACAUUUACUCCAAGAAAAAUUGUCCCAUUACCAUUCCCUUCAUUAUUUUAUGAUAAUGACACAUCUUUAGAAAUUAAAAGAAUCAAAAAUAUACAAAUGUUAGCUAUUAUAGAAGCAGACCAUAAUGCAUAUGAUGAAAAUACACAACAAGAAAUACAAAAAGCAUUACGUGAUAUUAAGCUUGAAGGAAAAGGAGAAACACAAGAUGGAGGAGAUGAACAAGAAAAUGAUGAAGAAGAAUUAUUAUAUGACCGUAUAGGAACCCCAAAAGCUGGUUUAGGCAAAUGGGGAUCCUGUAUUAAAAUUAUUAACCCAAUAAAUUUGCAAAUUAUAGAUAAAAUAUCAUUAGAAUUAGAAGAAGCAGCAUUAAGUGUUUGUGCUUGUGAACUUGAAGCAUUACAUUGUUUAAUAGUUGGAACCACUACGAAUAUGACAUUAAAAAAUAGAAAUGUACCAUCAGCAUCUUUAAGAGUAUAUACAUAUGAUAUAAAUUAUAAACUUAAUUUGUUACAUAUUACACCUAUCGAAGAUCAACCAUAUUGUUUUUGCCCAUUUAACGGGAGAGUUAUAGUAUCUGUUGGAAAUAAAUUAAGAAUAUAUGCAUUAGGAAAAAAAAAAUUAUUAAAAAAAUGUGAAUAUAAAGAUAUUCCAGAAGCAAUUGUUUCAAUAAAAGUUUCUGGAGACAGAAUUUUUGCAUCUGACAUCAGGGAAUCUGUUCUUAUAUUUUUUUAUGAUUCUAAUCAAAAUCUUAUACGACUUAUAUCUGAUGACAUUAUACCUCGAUGGAUAACAUGUUCAGAAAUUUUGGAUCAUCAUACUAUUAUUGCUGCGGACAAAUUUGAUUCUGUUUUCAUUUUGAGGGAAUACGGAAUAGCUAACAAAUGUUGGUAUGGUGGAGAAGUAAUAAAUAGCUCAACAAAAAAUAGAAAGAUGGAGCACAUCAUGAGUUUUCAUAUUGGAGAAAUUGUCACGUCCUUACAAAAAGUUAAACUAUCUCCUACAAGCAGCGAAUGUAUAAUAUAUUCCACCAUAAUGGGAACCAUAGGAGCCUUUAUUCCAUAUGAUAGCAAAGAAGAACUGGAACUAACUCAACAUUUAGAAAUAAUUUUAAGGACAGAAAAACAUUCUCUAUGUGGAAGAGAGCACAUAUUUUUUCGUUCCUAUUAUCAUCCAGUUCAGCAUGUUAUUGACGGUGAUUUAUGCGAACAAUUUUCGAGCCUACCAUUUGAAGUUCAAAGAAAAAUUGGAUCCGACUUAGAAAAAACACCAGACGAAAUUUUAAGAAAAUUAGAAGACAUAAGAAAUAAAAUACUUUAA